GUGCCCGCCCUGGGGUCCUUGCUUCCAGGAUGGGCCGGAGAUUGAUUUCCAGGAAUUCAGGGAUACUCUUGGUGAUUUUAUACCUGAUGUAGCCACCCUAAUGCCACCACCACUGGACUGUACUGACUAUGAUUUCUCACUUGGUGAGGAGGUGGCUUUUGCCCCCUGCACCCCACAGCUGCAGAGCAGUGCUCUGGUGCAGGUUCCCCCACAGAACCUGUCUUCCCCUGAGCCGCGCUGGAGGGACCUGGCAGACCAGCACCAGAAAGCACUGGGAGAUGCCCUGGAGGCAAACAGCCAGUUGCAGGAGACCCUCACACAGAGGCAGGAAGAGCUGGUGACACUGCGGGAGAGCAACGUGCAGCUGAAGGAGCUGGCAAGUCAGGCCAGGCAGCUGGCUGCUGUCCUUGACACGCUGAUGCUCCCGCAAAGCGCCGACGGGACAGUCCUUCCUCCUCUUCCUCCUCUUCAUCCUUUACCUCCUCCGCCCGCCGCCGCCGCCGCCGCUGCCCCGGCCGGGGCCGGCCCGGAGGAUGCGGAGGGCGUGGAUGCCAUGCUGCGGGCCGUGUCGGAGAAGUGUCGCGCCGCCCUGCGAAGCCUGGGGGCAGCGCGGGGGGCAGCCCCGGGGGCAGCCCGGGACACAGCCCGGGAGGCAGCCCCACAGCCAAGCGCGCACGGCCGGGCCCGCGCCUGCACGGCGCCUUCCGCGGGCUGCGCACCGGCCGCGCCGCGCCGCGCCCCGCCGGCGGGGGAGCUGGAGGGGGGCGGCAGCCUGCGGGCCGCGCUCGGCGAGGCGGGCGCCAUCCGCACCCUGGCCUUCCCGCAGGGAAACGCCUUCAGUCUCCGCACGGCCGCCGGCGGGCACCGCUUCCGAUGGGUGCCGCGCUGA